UACAACUCAUUCACUCUCGCAGCGUCUGCCGGAUUUCCUCCUACCGCGACCACGCGGGCUUCGCGCUUCUCGAACGAGAAGAUGUCUGAUUAUGAAAAUGUUGUCCGGGGGAAGCUGAAACUGAAAGGAAAAGCCUUGGAUGUUAAGGCUGGUGGGAUGAAGAAGAAAAAGAAACACAAGCAGUAUUAUGAUCGAACAACUCAGAUAGCAGGAAGUGAACUUUCAGCAGGUGGAAGUACAGAACUCUCAACUGAUCCUGAUGAGGUUAUUAAUGAAGCCGACAAGCUGGGGAAUGAUGGACAGCCACCUGCAUAUGACGAUCAUCUCACACCAGCUGAGAGGCGAUACAUCGAAGAGAGGGAGAGGAUCGAUAACCAAAGACUGGCAAAAACCUCAAACAAAUCACAUAGGGACCGGAUUCAGGAUUUCAACCAAUAUCUGGCAAAUCUCAGUGAGCACUACGACAUUCCUAAAGUGGGCCCCGGGUGACCCAUUGAUCCCAGGCAUGAAAUAUGUAUUCUAUCCCCUCGAAAAUCAUGCAAUGCUCUUUCAGCGUGGAUGUUCUGUUUGCUGUUUUGUGUUCAGAACUUUAUCUACACUGCACCUUGUGCUUCAGAGAGACAACAGCACUGGUUUGGAACUUCGAUUUCUGCAUUUAUAUUGUUUUAGAAAAUCAAACUUA